GUUGACAAUAGUAUUUUUGUUUUCGACAGUCAAAUUGUGUUUGAGGUUAGCGUAUUUGUUAUGUAAAAUUUAAAUAAGAAGAAAGUAUAGUACAUACUAAUAUAUUAUUGAAAGAUGUGUAAUUUAUAAGCUGAUAUAAGAAGAGUAUUCGACAACUCGAGGAUUUACAGUAGUAUCAACAAAAUGUUUCGUCAAAUUUUUCAGGCAACAAAACCAUUUAGAACUAAACUGAUACGUGCCGUGGGUGGCAAUGGAAGCGCAUUCGAAAAAAAUUGCGUGACCAAAGAACAGCAAUUGACGGAAGUCCUAAAGCAAGCAAUGCCGGGCAUCACUUAUGUAAGCGUUGAGGAUAUUUCUGGUGGAUGUGGAGCUAUGUUUGAGAUUAGCAUUGAAGCAAAAGAGUUUGUAGGUCUAUCAAGAGUUAAGCAACAUCGCCUUGUCACAGAGACCCUUAAGAAUGAAAUAGCGGAGAUGCAUGGCAUCAGAAUACAUACAACACCUCCAACUGAAGAGAAAUAAAUUAAACAUAAAUAUUGCUAAGAUACUAGAUAAAGUGUAUAUGUAUGUAGGUUGUGCUUUAAAAUAAAAUAUAGUUAUAAAUGUGUAAAA